UAAGAUAUUUUCUUUCAGCUAACAACACAAAUGUUCCUAAACUUUAUGGCCUUCUUAAAGUUCAUAAAUCAGAUAUACCUGCUUCAAUGCCCAUAAGACCGGUGGUAGCAUACACUAACUCUCCAACAUAUAAAUUAGCUAAAUGGCUUAAUAAUCACUUAAUUACUACUAUAGAUUGUCACUUUCCCUACACUAUAAAAAAUAAUAUUCAACUUGUGGACAAAAUCAAAGAUAUCAUUAUCCCUGAAAAUGCCUUUUUUAUCUCUCUAGAUGUAACAAAUCUCUUUACUAACAUUCCUAUAUUCGAGGUAGUGGAUAUUAUUAAAAACAAAUUAUUUAAUUCUACAUUGACCAAUAUCGAAACACAAGAAAUAAUAAAUAUCCUAGAAAUUUGCUUAAAACAAAAUUUCUUUAAUUUUGAUAAUGAAACCUAUAUACAAGAGGAUGGCCUAGCCAUGGGAUCUCCAUUAUCCCCCCUCUUAGCUGAUACAUUUAUGAAUCACUUCGAAAGUAAUAAUAUUUUGAAUAACAACCCCUACCUAUCUAAUAUACUGUAUUAUUAUAGAUAUGUAGAUGACUGCAUUUUAUUAUGGAAUGGCAAUAAACAACAUCUUAGUGAUUUUCUAUCAUUCAUUAAUAACAUUCAUCCAAAAAUAAAAUUUACAUUAGAAGUGGAAAUCAAUAAAACCAUAACCUUUUUAGACUUACUUAUUAAAAACGUAAAUAAUAAACAUGAUUUUGAGAUAUAUAGAAAACCUAGCCACACUGGAACAAUCAUACACAAUGAGUCAUUCCAUCCUUUUUCACAUAAAGCAGCAGCUUUAAAUAGUUAUGUAAAUAGAGCACUACAGAUUCCUCAAACAACUGAAAGCAGGGAUAGAGAGUUGAAUAUUAUCAAACAAAUUGCCCAAACUCAUAAUUUUUCUCCCAAUUUAGUAGACAAAAUAAAAAAUAAAUUUCUAUUACGUAAUGCGUUCCAAAAUGUCUACAUACCACAUCAAACAAUAUUAAGUAAUCAGCCAGUAAAUAAGUUCAUUUCACUUACAUACAAUGGAGCAGUUUCUUAUAAAAUCCAACGAGUUCUAACUUCUUUAAAUGUUAAGGUUGCCUUUAAAUCGAGCAAUUCAUUAGGUAACUUAUUGAUUAAUAAUAAAGACAAAACGGAUCCGUUAUCUUGUAAAGGAAUUUAUAAGCUUUAUUGUGAGUGUGGUUAUUUUUAUGUAGGUAGAACGAAGCGUAGUUUUAAAGCUCGGUUUAGCGAACAUGACCGAUGCAUUAGACAAAACAAUCCUGAGUCUUUAUUUGCUAAGCAUAUUAUGGAGACCGGUCACCCAUCGAAUCUACUAGAUAAUUACAAGAUCUUACAUAGAGUUCAGGACAACAUAAAUCUAAAUAAUCUUGAAUUACUCGAGAUUAAAAGAUCUCUCAAAAAAGAAUAUGAUAAAUCUCUUAAUAUUCAGAUUAACAUUCCUGAAACUAAUUUAAUUAAUAUUUUAUUUGAAUAACUCUUCCCUCCCUUUCCGGUUAAUUUAUUUUAAUAUAAACCCCGUUGUUUUCUUAAUAUAAACUGGUAGAGACAUCUGUUUAACAGUUUUAAAAUAUUUUAAAGUUACUGUGGGUACCGCUAUCUAGUACCCAUUCGGUUAUAGGAUAUAAAAUAUAGAUUUCUUUGUAACGUUCUUUCUUAAUUAUGAAAACUAGAUAUAGAUGACUCUGUUGGUCAGAUUAGUUUGAAUGGCGGUUAUCAUAGUUUUUAGAUCGUUUUGUCUAUUGUGUUGUAACGGUGCUUUUUAGAUGUUAUUGUUUUAAACCUAAGUGUAUUAUUUGUUAUCUUACGAUAAGAUUUACUUGCUUAAUUUUAGCUGUACCGUUCUAUAUGUGCUUUUGUUUUGUUUUGACAAAUCUCGUUUUUAACAAUUCCUCGACCUGAUGAUGCGAUGAUAUUGUAAUCGCGAAACCGGUCGUCAUAAUAAAAGGAAUUUCUGGUGAAAUAAGACCUUUAAUUUCUACUGUGUUUGCUAGCAAAUACCUAUAAAAAUACAUCCCAGAACAUGGACACCAUUCUCCAAACUAUAAAUAUUUUUUUGUGUUGGAUUGGAUGUCAGAAAUAAGCCCUGUGUAGUAUAUGUUGUUAAAUAAAAAGUAAGAAAGGGGUUGGCUAUAAGAUUGCCAGAUUUUAAAAAUUGAAAAGCAGGAGGUGGGUAGUGCCUUUGAGAAGAAAUUAAUUACAGGUGCAAGAAUUUUUUUCUUGAGGAGCCACACCUUAAUUAUUCCACUUUUCAACAUAAAAAGCAUGAACAUUUUUUAACAAAACAUACAUUUUUUAACUUUGAAAUAAAGAUAAUUUAUUUUGAACCUAUUUAACAAAUCUUGACCAA